AUGCCUAACCUCAGAUUUCUUGUGGCGCUUUUGUUUGGACUUUUUUUGGCUGCUGACAUCCAACCGUCCUCUUCGAUGCCAAUAGAGGGAGACAAAAAUAGUGACAAAUACGCAGCGAUCUACGACUUAAUAGCUCAAAGGUUACAGAACUUGAGCCAAGUAGAUCAAGGAAGUGAUCAAAAUACUCGAAGGACAUUUAUUCCUGAGGCAAAGGAAAUAAAUCCUGGGGUAAGUUUAGUUGCGCGGAACCAAUCUGAUUUAAACAGCACAACAGUUCCGUCACAGAUCAUUGAUCACAAGGAGCAAACAAUAAACGAUCAAAACAAUCGACGAUCAUACGUUCCAGCGGUUGCUGGAUAUAUAGGUUACACGCUGGCGGGCAACCGUAUGGCGGGAAAUUCUCUCGCGGGAAAUCAACAAAUGACAAAUCGCCAAGUGGGAAACCAAAUGGAGAAAAACUUUUUCGAGAGGAACCGGCCAGCGGGAAAUCUGCCGCCAGGAAAACAAUCGGCGGGAGUUAUUACGGCGGGAGACCGACCUAAGAGUGAACAACUGGCGGGAAGUCAGGCAACGGGAAGUCUAUCAGCAGGGAACUCAUCGACAAGAGGUCAACCAGUGGUAAAUCCGUUGACAAGAAACUUGUCAAGUGGAAUUUUAUCCGCCUCUAGGGCAAAUGGAACAAACCAAACCUCUAGUUAUUUGACAAACCCAGGGACUACUGGUGCAUCUAUGUUUUCUACGUCGCUCAACGACGGUCGAAUCUCUAAAGAAGAUCAGAGUGGUAUCAUCACAAACUUUUACAGACAAAAAUUAAAUUUUGACCGUAAAAAUACAAUUUAUAGACCUCUACCUGGCCUCUACAGGUCAGGAAGUGUUGAUAAUUCUGGAAAAGUUUCAGACCAAUCCUCAGCCGUUCGAAAGGCAGAUAUUAGUCAACAAUCCUACCCGUACACUCGUAACCUUCAGAAUUAUCCAAAGCCCGGGGUUCAUAGCGAACUUACCUACCAACAGUAUUCUGGCUUCCCAUGGUACCCAAACUACCAACAACAAGGAUGGAGGCGUGGAUACACAGCAGGUCCUGGUUACCAAGUAAAUUAUCCGGGAAUGAUGCCUCAGAGUUUUUUUCCAGUCGUGAAAGACGUUCGCGACAGAGUCCCUGUACAUCGGGGGAAGAACUUGAAAGUGACAAGUCAUUCCCGCGAUAACGAUAAAACUAUAAAGAGGAUAUUUCAUGGUAUGCUGUCUCCUCAACCAUCUACGAUACAAAGUAAACUUCCUGAAAAACCUGUCAAAACUCUCACAAAGAACACAACUGCUAGCAAUCAGACCUCUCUCCUCCUCCCGAAUGAUGUUCCGAGUUCCGGCUCUGGAGGCUCGGGAUCUGGAUUUGACGAAUCUCUUGACAUGGAUGAUACCGCUGACCUAAGAGAUCCAGGGCUGGACUUUGACGAUACCACUGAUUUCAAAGAACCAGAGCCGGAGUUCAGUGGAAGCGGAAGCGGCUAUGACGAACAGAAUUUCAAAGAUGAUAUUUCCAAAGUUGCCUUCAUGUUAGCAGGCACUAAUAAUAACCCAAAUAUGCCUCCAUUUCCAGUGCCAGGCCUUCCCUUGAAUUUGACGCGACAACAAGCUAUUGAUAUUUACAAAUCAGCCUUGUACUUCGCUGGUCUGCUGCAAGGAGACGAAAGCAAUGAUAUUGACAAAGCAGCGUCAGGUGACGAGGCCGUAGACGAAGGUGCUGACGAAGACGACAGCGACGAUGACGACGCCACUUUAAGUGACAAUGAUGUUAAGGAAGCUCUUGCUGCUUCAAGCGGGGAACUAAUCGCUAGUGGCCAGGAAAUCAGUGACGCAGAAGCAUCUGGAAGCGACUCAGAGUCACCAGUGGAAAAAACACAGAGUAAAGACAAUGAGGCGGUCCAAGGAGAUGAUGAGGCACUGAAAAUUGAUUCAGAGAAACUUGCCAGCGAGCCUCAAAAGGAAACUAACGAGGCCCAAGCAGCUGACAACAAUUCUCAAAAAGCUGAUAAUGACAAUGCUAAAGAUGAAGAAGAUGAACAGAAGGGACAAAGUGAGCAAGAACAACCUGAAACAGUCGAGGACAUUGAUGCAGACAUACCCCCACCACUUGAUAGUGACGCACAAAGAAGCGAUUCCACUGCACAAGGGAGUGAAAAGCCCCCAGUAGACGAGACCAAGCAAGUGGCUGAGGUUCAGUCAAAGUAUGCUGCAGACCAACAACAAGAGAAAGCCUUGUCCUAUCUUUCCAACGCUCGUCAAAGUGGAGUCUUUCCCUCACCAUCUCAAAGAGCCAUCAUAUGCAAAGACACGAUACAGAAAAUAGCCUGCCCGCCCGAACAGAGAAUAAGAGUCUUAAAUGCUGACUUUGGUGACAUGGGUGAUGUCGGCUGCCUAAAAGAAAACAAUCCGAUGCCAGUAGGAUUCUGCCGCACCCCUGGAACUUACGAAAGAGUGAAGAAACGCUGUGAUGGUUUAGAGGACUGUGAUUUGGCUGCCAGUAAUGAUUGGUUUGGCGAUGCGUGCCCGGAUGCUAAUAAGUAUUUGGAUGUCAACUAUGACUGCGUGAACAAUCCGGUGCCUUACCCGGCCCCUCCUGCGGCGGGAUUCACUCAAGCUAGUUUCCAGCUCGCUCCGCAGUAUCCCCCUUCAGCUCCAGUCGCCUAUGCCCCAGCUCCUUAUGCACAGCCUCCCCCGGCAUAUGUCCCUGGUAUGGGAAUCCCGGAUCUCAUGUCAUCAAGUCCUUACAUGGCUCCACCAGACCCGUGUAGUCCGUGUAACACGUGUGCACAAUGCUCGUUACCAGUCUGCAGCCCCUGUACUCAGACCUGUCAACCGCUGACCUGCGCUCCUCGCAUCCCAGCUCGUUUGCAGCCUUUGUGGCAACAGUGGAACGAAAGGACGGCAGACAUGAGUCGAAUGGAAAUGGCAGCUCUUAUUAUUUCGCCCCUUCCCAAACUCGCUGCUCCCACAAAAGCACCUGAAUCUGCGCAGGCGUCGGGUGGGGUUGAAGGCUCUGAGUCUGCGUCUGGGGAAACAACCUCUGACCUUGAUGAGGACGCUCUUUAUGAUGCUAGUAAGAGGUCUAAAAUUCAGCGGGUGAAAUCACAACCAGAAGCGAAGAAAGCAAGUCUGACCGAGCAUAAGAAAACUACCAAGGAUAAUAGCGAGCAGGGGUUUCUGCGAAGCAGUGAUCUGCUGGUUUCGUCGGGAGAUGCAGGCAGUGGCUCAUCUUCUUGAAGUACGAGGAUAAAAUGGUUGCAGAAAAGUAACUAGGAAUGUUGUGUGACACUAAAGUGAAACCCCAUUGUGUGAGUUGAUUUUAGAGAACAUUUUUUUAAGUCAUGAAAAUAAUUCGGGAGGAACGCAGCAGCGAGAAGAUUAGGAUUUAAACGGAUUUCCGAGAUGUCCUCAAAAAGGUGCAAGCUUGCAAUGACAACAAGAACUUCGAGUUAACAAUGUUUUGGAAUAGUGGUACUGAGUUAAUUACAGAUCGAAUGAUUAUUUAUUCCCCCCGAAUCUUUUUGGCUCACUAGCCACUUUCUCCCACCAUUUUUGGUAGUUAUUUGUAGGCAUCUGUAGGACAUACUGUCCAGUAGUCAAUAGUAACUGAUUCUGUCGGCGAAGGCAGUUUUCUAAUCUUUAUAUGGGCUGUCGUGUGCGAUCCAAAUAAGGAAGAAUACUUUGAAAUUUCACACCUGACAGGAGAAAGGUCCAACUGGACUGAAUCCACCAUCUGAGAUAUUGUUCUAAAGUCACGUCUUCUUGAUUAUCCUCGGACUCUGUCGUUUUUCGUUGAUCCCUGGGGAGAUACUACAUUAACCAACCAUGUGUCGCAACUUUUUCUUAAGUGGUUUUUCGAUGCAGUGAUUUUGGUUCUUCUCCAAAACGUUCAAGUGACGCCCUUGAAACGUGCAGCAUGAUUCCUAGGAUAACAGAUACAUUGAAUCUAAAAAUAACUCGAGGGAGUAAACUCAAUAUUAAGGUUUUCUUAGCCUCCUAGUCCGAUGUUCUUCCAGGGAAAUCCUCAGAGAUCAAUAGCUUUCAAUGUAAGGCUCAGUUUUGAAGUGAAGAGAACUAAGCGAUACAGGUAAACAUUUAACGACAUCCUGUCAAGUCUUAUCGAAACAAAAAUCCAAGUAAGUGGUGCUUUUAAUUCAAAUAUUCCCUUAACGCCACUUUAUCCAUAUUCCAAUAGAGCCUUUAGAUUUACACCAUAGAGACAUAUUUUUGUACAAGAAGGUUCAAAUGUAAUGACAACGUCAACGGUUGGCUAAACUGCUGAAAUUUUAUUUAAAUAGUACAAUACUGUCUAAUUUAAUUUAAUUUAAUUUUCGUGUAGGCAAAAGUCUUGUACAUACAUAUAAUGAGGUCAUAAAAAUAUUAGUCGGAAAACUAUAUUUUUAAUAAUAAAAAAUUAAUAAAAUGUCUUUAGGCCUUGUUAUCGUGGUCAGCAUGGUUUUAAGAUUCAAUGAGGGAGUAAUUUAAGUAAUUAUUCCAACAUCAUAUGAGGCCUGCAUCAGACUUAUUGUUAUUUAUCUGUUAGUGUAACUUUUUUUCACAAGAGGAAGUUCGUAUUCAUAAUUACUUCUACGAAUAUGUUCAGAGCACUUUUCAUUGAGUGAGGAAAGUAAUCGAAUAUUGUAGGAAAUAGACAACUUGCGUAUCAUACUUGCUACUACUACGACUAUAAAAAUACUGUUACUACUAUCAUACUUGCUACUACUACGACCUUAUGGAAAUAAUCUAAUAUUACUUUGAUUCGUUUUAUUUCGUUAUGAGAUUAGUUCAGAAAACUUGUGCCACUUUAAUUUCUCGACCAAUCAGAUUUAAACUAAAAUCAAUGGCAACUUGCAAUUGGUCACUCCCUUCAGGCAGUUUGCUUGUUUUUCGAGUUGUCAUUGGCUUCUGGUGAAAUUUCUCCUGCUGUGAUUGGCCGUGGGAUGACGUUGGAUUUAGUUUUACGACACUUAGUCGAAAAGCCCUCUAUUAUUGCUUGUGUCCCCAGGACAGCGGCUUGUUUAUCUAAAACCCUUUACCUUUGUCACUGGUACCUUAAACAUUCGAACAGUACCUGGUUUUGCAGUGGGCGUAGUACAUAGCGUAACGUCCGUCACUUCUGGGGCAUGUGGGAUCGACGUUUCAUCUUUUCUUACUUUAAUUUUUUUCACAGGACAUAACAAAUAAAAAUGGAGGAACUGUGGA